AAGAGAGAUGCAGAAAUAACCAUCGCAAUACUAUUUAAAAAUAAUAGAAAGGAGAUUGUUUGAAUAAAAGUCGAAGUUGAUGAAGCAAUGUGACCAUUCUACUGUUGACAGUAACGUCAUUUAACCAGAGCGCCGUUGGAUAAUCGAGCUUCCAAUACAAGAUGUCUGGUUUUGUGGAUGAUGAAGCAGAUGUGUCAGAUGUUAGCUCGGAAGAUGGAAAUGCUAGUGGUAGUGGAGGGUCAGUGUCCGGAUCAGUGAGAUCAAGGUCAGGAUCAAGAUCAAGGUCCCGUUCAAGGUCAUGGUCAGGAUCAAGAUCAGGAUCGGGGUCUCGAUCAAGGUCAAGAUCUAGGUCAGGAUCAAGAUCUGGGUCAGGCUCAAGGUCCGGUUCAGGCUCCAGGUCUAGGUCAGGUUCCAGGUCAAGAUCUGGCUCAAGGUCAAGGUCAGGCUCAAGAUCAAUGUCAGGAUCCAGGUCAGGAUCAGGUUCAAGAUCCAGGUCCAGGUCAGGAUCUAGAUCAGGUUCAGGUUCACCAGCAAGAUCAGGAUCAGGGUCGCCUGCAAGGUCUGGAUCUGGUUCUGGCUCAGACAUAGAACAACCAAAGAAAAAGAAGAAAAAGAAAGAAAAGAAAUUAAAAAAGAAGAAGAGUAAACAAAUCACAAUAGAUGAUGAUGAUGAUGACGACGAAGAGGAGGAAGAUGAUGAGGAAAGAAUACGAGAAGAAAUGAAAGACCUGAUUAAUGAUGAAAUUGAAGAAGAAGACGAAAGUGGGGACGAAAGCGAAAGUGGCAAAAGAAAACAUGAAGAUGACUCUGAAAUUGACGACCAGCUGGACGAUGAUGAUCUUGAUCUUAUUCAAGAGAACUUGGGAAUUCGUAUCAAAAAGACGAAAAAACUAAAGCGUAUUCGGAUGAUGUCUGAUGAUGAGGAAAGUGACAAAGAAGAAGAGAAAGAUCGCGAUGCUAUUGCAGAGGAACUGUUUGAGCAUGGUGAGGGAGAAGAAGGAGAGGAAAUGGAGGAAGCACCAGAACGACCAGAAACCACAGAAUACCAAGAUCUUGAAGAAUCAGAAGAUGAAGAUGACAUGGAUAAUUUCAUUGUGAAUGAGGAUGGAGAACCUGUGAAAAAGGCAAAGAAAAAGCGACACAUCAUCCACUCAGAUGCAGCCUUACAAGAAGCACAGGAUAUCUUUGGAGUGGACUUUGAUUUUGAAGAGUUUGACGAGUAUGCUGAGGGAGAGGAGGAAGAAGAAGAAGAAGAGUUUGAGGAUGAUGAGUAUAUGGAAGAGGACGAAGAUGGAGUUGCUCGGCCAAGGACAAAAAAAGUCGGACGAAAGAAAGGGAAAAAGAAAGGAAUUUUUGAUGUGUAUGAGCCAACAGAAUUGGAGCGUGGAUUUUUCACAGAUAAAGAUCAAGAAAUACGAACCAAGGACAUGCCUGAACGAUUCCAAUUGCGUCAGAUUCCUGUCCGACCCCUGGAGGAAGGAGAGUUAGAUGAAGAAGCUGAGUGGAUAUAUAAGCAGGCCUUCACCACUCCCACCAUGUCACAACAGAACCUGCUGGAACAGGAGAGCCAUGGAAAUUUUGGUCGACGCCCACCAAGCAUGGUCAGCAAAAUCCGAGAGGCUAUCAAUUUCAUGCGAGACCAGCAUCUAGAGGUGCCCUUCAUUGCCUUCUACCGUAAAGAAUAUGUAGAGUCGGAUCUCAACAUCAAUGACCUGUGGAAGAUCUGGCAGUUUGAUGAAAAGUGGACACAGCUAAGGACAAGAAAAACCAACAUGGUUCGUCUGUUUGAGAAGAUGCAGAAUUACCAGUUUGAGGAAAAUGCUGACCCAGACAAAGUCCUGGAAUCAAACGUGAGAGCUCUAACAGAGGAAGAUAUUGACAGAAUCAAACAGGUUCAAACAAUUGAGGAGUUGAGGGAUGUCUAUCAGCACUUCCUCUUGUAUUACGGGCCCGAUAUACCGAAAAUGAGGAAUGCAGAGAAAGUGAAAUCCCGAAAUGAAGAGGAUGCCGAACGUCCAGAGAAUGAAGAUCCCCCUGAACAACAGGACAUGAUAAAACAGGCCUCACGGAAAAGUGGCUACACCAUCUGCCAACAAAAUAAACUAGAUGACAUUGCCCAGAAGUUUGGUCUGUCACCUGAACAAUUCGGGGAAAAUCUACGAGACAACUAUCAACGUCAUGAUGUUGAACAAUACCCAUUGGAGCCCCUUGAGGUAGCCAAGGAUUACAUUUGCAGUCAAUUUCCAACAGAUGAAGAAGUCUUACUUGGAGCACGCCAUAUGGUUGCUAUGCAAAUUUGUCAUGAUCCUCUUGUAAGGCAGUGUGUGCGACAGACAUAUUUUGAACGUGCAAAAAUCAAUGUGGUCCCAACCAAAAAAGGCAUAAAGGAAAUUGAUGAAGCACAUCCGUGUUAUGCCAUGAAGUAUCUGAAGAAUAAACCAGUCAAGGACCUGAAGGACGAAAUAUUCCUCAAGCUUUCUCAAGGAGAAGAUGAUGGACUUUUGACUAUUAGUAUGUUUAUUGAUGAUGUGUCAGAAAGUGCCCAGACCUAUUUUGAGGAAGUCCGCCAGCUGUUCUACAGGGAUGAAUUUAGCCACCUGGUACAACAGUGGAAUCUUCAAAGAAGUCAAGCCAUGGAGCGAGCUCUUACCAAGCUUCUUUACCCACAAAUGGAGAAAGAGCUCAGAGCCAAGCUCAUUGCUGAAGCCAAGGAAGGAAUCCUCAAGGCUUGCUGUCGUAAGCUAUAUAACUGGCUGAAGGUGGCACCGUAUCAGGCUGACCAACAACUUGAGGAUGACUAUGAUUAUGACGAGAAGGAGGGUCUGCGUGUGUUAGGUCUUUCCUUCGUCACCACAAGAGACACACCUGGUUUUGGGGCUCUGAUUGAUGGGGAAGGUCAGGUUACAGACUUUUUACGGAUGCCAUACCUCACCAAGCGAAGGAAUGCUUGGAGGCAACAAGAUAAAGAGGGCAAGGAACAGGAUCUGGAAAAGCUCAAAGAUUUCAUUGCCACCAAGAAGCCCCAUGUGGUAGCUGUCUCCGCAGAAUCAAGGGAUGCACUCAUGGUGAUUGAAGAUGUUAAGUCUGUGAUAGAUGAUCUGUGUCAGGAGCAACCGAUGGCUCCAAUAUCUGUUGAACUGGUGGACAAUGAACUAGCCAUGGUCUAUGAAAACAGUGCCAAGGCACAGAGCGAGUUCCGAGAAUAUCCCGUUGUGUUGCGACACGCUGUUUCUAUUGCUAGGAGGCUACAGGAUCCUCUUAUAGAAUUUGCCCAGCUGUGCAAUGUUGAUGAGGACAUCCUAUGUCUUAAAUACCAUCCCAUGCAGGACCAAAUUCCUAAAGAUGAACUGUUAAAUGCUCUUUCACUUGAAUUUGUGAACCGAGUCAAUGAGGUUGGAGUGGACAUCAAUCGAGCCAUAGCUAACAGUCACACAGCACCCCUUGUACAGUUUGUGUGUGGACUCGGGCCAAGGAAAUCAUCACAACUUCUCAAGAUACUGAAACAGGCUAACAUCCGACUAGAAAACAGAACACAGCUCGUGGAAGUUUGUCACAUGGGCCCUAAUGUUUUCAUCAAUUGUGCUGGUUUUAUAAAGAUAGACACCAACAGCUUAGGUGACAGCACGGAUGCAUACGUUGAAGUGUUGGACGGCUCACGUGUUCACCCGGAGAACUAUGAAUGGGCAAGAAAGAUGGCUGUUGACGCACUCGAAUAUGAUGAUACAGCAGAGGAUGCUAAUCCUGCCGGGGCUCUGGAAGAAAUUCUGGAAUCUCCAGAACGUCUCAAGGACCUUGAUCUUGAUGCGUUUGCUGAGGAACUUGAAAGACAGGGUUAUGGAGACAAACACAUCACACUGUAUGAUAUCAGGGCUGAGUUAAAUCACCGGUACAAGGAUCUGAGGACACCAUACAGAUCUCCACUGAACGAGGAGCGCUUCAACAUGAUCACCAAGGAAACACCAGAGACAUUCUAUGUUGGUAAACUGAUAUUAACAACAGUGACAGGAAUAGCUCAUCGACGGCCCCGAGGGGAUCAGCUGGACCAGGCAAACCCUGUCCGAGACCAGGAAACGGGGCUUUGGAAGUGUCCCUUCUGUAAUAAAGAUGACUUUCCAGAACUAAGUGAGGUAUGGAGUCACUUUGAUGCAGGCAGUUGUCCAGGCUCAGCUGUUGGUGUGAGAACAAGACUCGACAAUGGUGUGACUGGUUUUAUCCACACUAAGAACAUAAGUGACAAAGUGGUCAAGAAUCCUGAAGAUCGGGUUAAAGUUGGAAUGACCAUUCAUUGCAGAAUCACCAAAAUUGAUAUUGACCGUUUCCAGGUAGAUCUGACUUGUAAAUCUUCAGAUCUGAUGGAUAAGGAAGGACAUUGGAAGCCACCCAAAGAUCUGUAUUAUGAUCAGGAUCUAGAGAAGGAAAGUGCUGACAAAGAGGAAGAAAAGCGUAAACAGCAGGCUCGGCAGACAUACACAAAGAGGGUUAUUGCCCACCCCUCAUUCCAUAACAUUGGCUAUAAGGAAUGCGAGAAGCUCCUGAGUGAGAUGGAUCAAGGGGAGGCCGUCAUCAGACCUAGCAGCAAAGGUUCAGAUCAUCUGACAGUUACUUGGAAAGUUGGAGAUGGAGCCAUGCAGCAUAUAGAUGUUAAAGAACGGGGUAAAGAGAACGCUUUCAGUCUGGGGAGCACUCUAGUCAUUGGUAACGAGGAAUUUGAGGAUCUUGACGAAAUCCUCGCCCGACAUGUCCAGCCAAUGGCAGCCCUUGCCAGGGACAUCAUGAACUUUAAAUACUACAAAGAGUUUGAGAGCGGAAAACGAGAAGUCAUAGAUAAAAUUCUGUUAGAAGAGAAAAAGAAAGGUCCUUCAAGGAUUCCCUAUUACCUGAGUCUGUCAAAACAGUAUCCUGGAAAGUACACAAUAUCGUACAUGCCACGAACAAAGGCCCGCCAUGAAUUUAUAACACUAACGCCAGACGGUCUACGCUACAGACAACAAAACUUCCAUUCUCUGAACUCAUUAAUACGCUGGUUUAAGGAACAUUUCAGAGACCCAAUACCAGGUACUCCUGCUAGUGCCAGGACCCCCAUGGUGUCAUCCAACUACGCCACACCAAGUAUCAACCUGCAAGGUGUUGAUGCUGCAACUAUCCAGAGAGCAGCCGCAGGAUUGCCCAGCAAUAUCUACAACACACUCGCCCAAGUUGCAGGUGCAGCCACGCCACGAAUUCCGAGAACCACACCUGGUGCCACACCACAGUUUGGUUCCACUCUUCAUGGCACAGGAUUCAACAUACCUCUCGGUACUACCCCACUUAUGACCCCAAUGAUGACCCCACAACACCAUAUAACUACGCCACAAGUAUUGAACACGCCUUCCUACCAACCAACACCUCGUGCUGCUGCUACUCCAGUGUGGCCUGGUGCUACUCCUCGGGCGACACCACGCAGUAUGGGAACACCAUCUCACCCCUCCCAGCAGUCACAGAGGCCUGCCCCAAGCACCACCCAAGAAUGGGCUAAACCUGGUACAGAUUGGGCCAAAGCUGCUGCUAUGUGGGCCAAAGGAAGACAAAAACCUAGCACACCUCGUUCUGGACAGAGUCCAGCAGUACGAGCCAGUCCGAUGGAACAGGGCGACUCAACGCCUCUUAUUGACGAGCGAUGAGAGAUCACUGUCAAGUGAAAGUCAUGAUAUAUAUGCUGUACUGACACAGCGUGGUACAAAUUCAAAUUAUUUGUUUUGUACUUGACUAGAAAAGCAGUACUUUGCUGCACGUGCUGAUUGUAUGCAAAUCUAUACUUUCCAAGUUGUGCAAAUAAUGACAAAUUAUGACAAAUUUGUACCAAACUGAAAGUUGUAAACAGUCGUCCUGAAGGUAUAUAUUAUAUGAGAGGGAACUGUACACAUUUGGAAGAAACAGCACCAGAUGCAAUGCACAGAACUUAGAAUUUGUAUCAAGUCAUGGUUUUGACAUAUUUCUGUGUUAUGCCAAAAGCUCUUCCAGAUGCAAAAGUGUUCUUGUCUUGAUUCUAUGAUACAAGAAGAAAUGUACAGAAGUAUGCCUGGAUAUUUAGCUGUUAUUGUAAUACAAGUUCUUGACCUUUUUUUUUUGACCUGGAAUUUCUUUUUUAAUAGAAUUACCAGUUACAAACUUCAAAAAAGAAAAAACAUACCAAAAAAAAACCCAUUCUUUAAUUUAUUUUUGUUACAUUUUUACAAAAAUUGAAAUGAGAAGGAGGUUUAUUUUGAAAAAGAUGUGAGUAUAAUGUAAAGAUGGUGUAAGGAGUGAUACUUCAGUUGGUUAAAUCGUAAUAAUUAAGGCGGGAAAUGGCUUUUAAAAUAUGAUGGCAUUGGUAGAUGUAAUUUUUUUUUCUUUUUUUUUUUUCAAUUUCGAAUUUUAGGCUAAAAUUACUUCAAUAUUUAUGUUACUGGUGUAUAAAGUUUGUUUCAAUUUCUGAUGCAUAUUAUGUGUUAAUCAUGUAUGGUCUACAGUUACAAAGGAAAUUUCUGUUCUUGUUUCUGCUCUGUUGUAUCAACAAAUCAUGUGUUUUUUUAAACAGACUUUACACAAUGACAUCUUGAUCAUGAUCUCACAAUGUAAAUACGUCUUGUCACUGUAACGCCAAAAUAUAAAAUCCUAUAUGGUGCAUUAAUAUUGGUAAACCAUUUAAACCACAUCUCUCCCACAUAUCAAUUGUGUAUACUUCUACUGCAUGACCAGGCACAAUGCUUUAUAGCAAUGUAGUGAUGAGGGGCCAUAUUAGCUUCGUCCAUGUAAAGCUGAGGUUCCCUCCUACUGGCAUCGGUUUGUGUGACACUGUUUGUCCUGUGCUGUGCUCAGGGCAUGAUACUUUACUCCAAAUGUUCUGGAAAGUAUGUGGUGGUCCUCCUCCAUGUUGUGCAGUGUGGUAGCCACAAGUUACUACUUGUACUAAGAGACUGCCUUAUUAUAGCUGUUUAAUGUGAUGUAAACUCUGUCAUUUGUUGAUGGUUUCUUCAAUUUAUAAUGGUAGAAUUCAAUUCCUUAUGACAGUUACAAUUCUUUCUACAUGUUAACUGCUAAAUAAGCAUUAUCGAAAAUUAAGUGCUUAUAGAUUGUAAUAAUGUUUGUGUCUUGAUUGAUGGUUUUCUUCCAGAAGUUGUUUACGGUGGCAGAAAUGUUACAACAUAAUUAACUGGUGUAAAUGGUGCGGGAAUCCCAUUUAUUCUAGAAAUUAAGGAUUGGCCUGUUUUGAGAUUUUGUUGUUACAAAUCACUUGCUCUUCAGGAAAAAUACAAUUUAUGACAAACCAUGCACAGUCUGUUGAAAAAGUUUGCUGUAGACAGAAACAGCAUUUGGUUCUGAUGAACAAGAAUUUGCAAUACAUACAUGUAUAUCUGUUGUAAGAUUGUAUGCUGUUUUGUAUGUGUCCGUGUUGCCUUCAUGAAAUUGUAUGGAUGAAUGAAUGUGUAUUAAAAUACAUUGUUUGAAUCAGAUUUUUUUCAAGCAAAAACCUCGCAGUUUCUAAGCGAGUGAAAGUGAGUUUUCAAAUGAACAGUUAAAUACAAAAGCAUUGAAAGAUAUUCCAUUUCAAGAAGAAAAGUGUAAUCUUUAUUUAUUGUGUAGACUAAACUUAACCAUGUACUUUACAGCUGAUGAAUACUUAGUGUCAUCAUGCUCACUUCAGAAAUCUAGAACUUUUCCCACUCAGCAUUUUGUCUGUUAAAGCUAAAACAUUUAAGUUUCUGAUUGGUCAAGACGUGAAAUUGAACUUGCAGAGUUGAGCUGUUGAAUAUUCAGCGUUUACAUUUUACAAGCCCAGUCCAAUUGUACUUUGUAUAAAACAUCCUUAUAUGGUCAGCAUGUACAUUUCUUUGUUUAUAGUGUAAAUUUGGAAAUGAGAAAUUAAUAAGAAAUUCCUAUCACAGAAUAGGAUAGUAUUUUUUGUACUGUUCAGACUACUUUGUUUUGUUCUUUUUUUUUUCUUUUUUUUUUUAAUAUUUAUUGAAAACAUAGGUUGCUUUCCAUAUCGAAGCAUCUGAAAGGUAUAAUACCACACUAUUUAAAAAUUGUCAUUUGCCUUCCACUGUAAAGUUCAUACUAGUAUAUGCAUUGGAUAUGCAUUGGUUGGAAAUUGGCUCAUUUUGAUAUUUUGAUUGCCUUCCAUUGUGAGGUAUGUACCAUCAAGGUGACAUUGUUAUUGCCUACCAUAAUGAGGUAUGUACCAUCAAGAUGACAUUGUUAUUGCCUACCAUUAUGAGGUAUGUACCAUGCAGAUAUUGUGAUUGCCUACCAUUAUGAGGUAUGUACCAUGCAGAUAUUGUGAUUGCCUACCAUUAUGAGGUAUUAACAUCUAGACAUUGUAAGAAAUAUAUACAUGAUGGGGCAAUGGAAAUUGACACUUUUUGAUUCCCCAUAGCUAUGAGGAUCAUUCUAGUACAGAAAUGGUCCAAUUUUGAGUACUCACCUCAUUUAGGUGCAAGCUACAUUGACAGCAGCAAUCGAAAGGUUGUUUUGAAAUGAGUUUUUCUAUCACAUGGUCUUCAAAAUGGUAGCGAUACCAAAGAUAUUUUUGUACACACAUUUUUUUAUGUAAAGAAAACAUGAAUGAGAGUGACAAAUAAAUGUCAAAAAAUAUUA